AUGGGCCCAGGGUCAUCAUCUGCUGUGUCUUCUCCAUCCCCUUCUCAGCCCAAAGUCCUUCUAUCAGAGGUCGCCUGCCAUGUUCCUUCGGACAAUACUGAUUCUUCUGAUGCAUCUGCCCGUAUCUCAUCAUCUGAUGAACUCGAUAAAGUACCUGACGUGCUUCCUUUGACCCCUGCCGAGAAGGAGUGUGAAGUUCUGUAUCGCGCUGAAGUCACUCGUGACUCCACUGGCAGAUACACUGUUGGUUUGCCCUUUUCAUCUUAUCGUCUGGGUACCUCUGUCAAUGUGGCGAUUAGGCAGUUUCUUCGACUAGAACAUCGUCUAGAAAAUAACCCUGAUCUUCGUGUCGCCUAUCAUGAGUUUAUGCGAGAUUAUCUUUCGAGUGGUCACAUGGAAUUGGUUCCUGAAUCAUUUGACCAUCCUCGAUAUGAACCUUAUUAUAUUCCUCAUCAUCCUGUUCACCGUCCAGAUGAUCCUGCUACUAAAAUUCCAGUUGUCUUCAACACCUCUUGCGCAUCUGCUAAUGGCAAAUCCCUAAAUGAUCUUCUGCUUACCGGCCCGAAGCUGCAAACGGACAUUUCAACUCUUCUGCUUCGUUUUCGUCUACAUCAAUUUGUUUUUACUGCCGAUAUCAGACAGAUGUAUCGACAGAUCCUGAUACGCCCUGAGCAGAGGGAUUAUCAACGCAUCGUCUGGCGUUUCUCCAAACGGGAACCCCUCCAAUAUUAUCGUCUGAACACAGUCACCUAUGGAGUUUCCUCGGUUCCUUACCUAGCACUUAGAACCCUUCAUCAGCUAGCUUCGGACGACGGACUCAGAUUUCCUACGGCAAGGCAAGUCUUGCUGAAUGAAAUUUAUGUCGAUGGCAUCUUGACCGGCUGUUCAUCCGAAUCCGAAGCUCUUGAAUUGCGAAAGCAGGUUCAAGACCUGCUCAUGGCGGGUGGUUUUGAGCUGCGUAAAUGGGCUACUAAUCAUCUUCCCCUGCUAGACGGUAUCCCAUCUGAUCAUCGUAGGGAAUCCUCCUCUAUUGACCCCCUUCUUCUUGACCGUGAACCAAGUCUCAAAAUUCUGGGACUUGGAUGGAAUCCUGCAUCUGAUCACUUCUUUUAUUCCGUCCGUUUAAACUCAACGACAGUCACCAAACGGAACGUGCUGAGUCAGAUGGCUAGAAUCUUCGAUCCUUUGGGAUGGCUAACUCCAGUCACUUUCUAUGCCAAAAUCUUCUUUCGUCAGCUCUGUCUACUUCAUCUAGAAUGGGAUCAACCUCUCUCGAAUGAGAUUCAAAACCGGUGGUUGCAGUUUCAAUCCCAGCUUCCCACUUUGACAGAGCUUCACAUACCACGAUUCAUCCCUGCCGUUUCUUCUUCUGCUCAUCGCUUCAUCGGCUUCUGUGAUGCCUCUGAAUCCGGCUAUGCUGCAGUCGUUUAUCUAAGCACUCCUACAUCGUCCGGUCGAUUCCACGUGUCUCUUCUAGCGGCCAAAUCCAAAAUUUCUCCUUGUAAGGCAAUGUCCCUGCCUCGUCUAGAACUCUGCGGUGCCCAUCUUCUCGCAAAACUCAUGCAUCAUUUGUCUACCCGCGUUUUACAGAAUCUCAGUGCUGACUACAUUGCCUUUUGCGAUUCUUCUGUUGCCUUGUCGUGGAUCCGUGGUGAGAGUCACAGGUGGAAGACAUUUGUUGGCAAUCGAGUCGCUGAGAUACAGGAUUUGAUUCCUUCUAAUUGCUGGAGGCAUGUGAUAUCUGAAGACAAUCCAGCUGAUUGCGCCUCUCGAGGAUUGAUGCCCUCAGAUAUUCAUCACCACCCAUUGUGGUGGCACGGUCCUCCUUGGUUGUCUCUCGAUUCCUUUCUAUGGCCCCUGUCCUCUGUUGAUUCAUCUCAAAUUGAUCAAGUGGACGAAGAAGCCAAGCCACUCUCCGCUUUAGUGUUGACGGUUGUCUCCGGUGAACCCACCAUGAUUGACCGUUUUUCUUCGUAUCUUCGACUCAAGCGCGUCAUUGCCUUUUGUCGUCGUUUCAUACUGAAUGCUCGUGGUUCAGCUUUACCUCGCACAGGUUUUCUCACCUCUGUUGAGCUUCAGGAAGCAGAGAUCUGCUUAAUACGUCUGGUUCAAUCUGUUCAUUUUGCCGAGGAGCUGGCUGAGCUGCAGAAACCAUCUUCUCGUCAUCGACUCAUCAUGAAACUUCACCUUUUUUGCGAUGAGCAUGGACUUGUUCGAGACAAUCAUCUCACUCAUCUGAUAAUCGAUGAUGCCCAUUAUCGUCUUCUGCACGCCGGUGCUUUAGCUACUCAUUCGUACAUUCGUCGACGGUACUGGAUAUUGGACGGACGUAAUGUAGUACGCAAUCAUCUGCGCAAGUGCAACCGAUGCUUUUCUUGCAAGCCCCGUCCUCUAAUACAGCCAAUGGGCAAUCUUCCACCAGAGCGGCUAUCAUCUGCUAUGGCUUUUCUAACUACUGGUGUCGACUACGCCGGCCCAUUUUAUGUGACGAGUGCACGACUACGCGGAGCCGUUAGCACGAAGGCAUAUCUGGUUGUCUUCAUCUGCUUCUCUACUAAAGCAGUUCAUCUAGAAUUGGCAUCUGAGCUGUCAACCCCAGCGUUCAUCGCUGCUUAUCGGCGCUUUGUUGCACGCCGAGGUCAUCCUUCCGUCAUCUUUUCGGAUAACGGGACCAACUUUGUUGGUGCUCAUAACUACCUUCGUGACCUUGGCCGCUUACUGUCUGCUCCACAACAUCAGCAGAGUCUCUGUGAUGCUGCCUCGUCGUCCGGAACUGACUGGCGAUUCAUACCCCCUUCCAGUCAUCACUUUGGCGGCCUGUGGGAGGCCGCUGUAAAAUCUGCUAAACAUCAUCUUACUCGCGUUAUUGGCGAGCAGAAACUCACUUACGAGGAGUUUCUCACCGUCUGCACUCAGGUUGAAGCCAUCCCCAACUCUCGCCCUCUGUAUCUUCCAUCAUCUGAUCCUUCUGAUUUUGAGGCCCUUACACCAGGGCAUUUCUUGGUUUUCCGGUCCCUAACAGCUCCUCCUGACAACGAUGUCAGUUCUGUGUCUGUGAACCGGUUAUCUCGUUGGCAACUAGUCCAGCGAUUUCAGCAGGACUUCUGGAAGCGUUGGCGUCAGAAAUACUUGCAUACCUUGCAGCAACGUCACAAGUGGUUGCAGCCAUCUACCCCUAUCCUUCCAGGUACCGUUGUCGUCAUUCGAGAUGACAAUCUUCCUCCUCUAAAGUGGUCUAUCGGUCGUAUAUCAUCUGUUUUUCCGGGAGCUGAUUCCACAACCCGCGUUGCUGAUGUUGCCACUGCGUCUGGAUCAAUUCGGCGACCAGUCGUUAAAUUGUGUCCUCUUCCAACUCAGUAG